AUAUUUUGAAAUUUUGACGCUAACAUUACGAUGUCACUGUCACCAGACUGUCUAACAAAUCAAAAAAUGGCUCAACGGACGUGGCAUACUUUCUUCGUGUUAAUCUUAAUUUUUACGAUUUUAUCAAUUGUGGGUGAUGUUUUAUCAACAUCACCGGGACCAUGGUACGAGAAUUUACCAGCUGUCACCAUGGAUUACAAAGUACACAUUGAUGCGGGCAAAGAGGAUUGUUACUUUCAAUAUGUGCAACCUGGUGCGACAUUUUACGCUAGCUAUCAGGUGUUAAAAGGAGGAGAUGGUAUGUGUGGUUUUGCGGUGCGCCAUCCUAAUGGGCAGAUUGUUCAUCCUUACGAAUGGCGGCAGAGCGCUGAAUACGCAGAUCAAACGAGUUCGGGAGGAUACUACGCCGUGUGUAUUGACAAUCAGUUCUCCAGGUUUGCAGGCAAGCUGGUGAACUUGUACUUAUCAGUGAUCAGAUAUGACAUGUGGGAAAAGUAUGCCAAGGAGGUUGAAGAGCUUGAUAUGAAUAUAAAGAACUUUACACAUUCCAUUCAAUUUGUGGAGCACAACAUUAAUGAGAUCCUGCAGUAUCAAUACCAUUCCAGAGCGAGAGAGUCACGAGACUACAACCUGUUGCAGGAUAAUAAUGCUUAUGUACUUAGGUGGUCCUUUGUCCAGAUCCUAGCUAUUGCAGCUACCGGGACAUUGCAGGUGUAUUUUGUAAGAAAACUUUUUGAGGUUAAGGAUAACUCGUCCAAAACAAGAAUAUGAUUUGAUUUUUUGUGUAAUAAUUGUAAGAUUUUUUUUUAUUGUUAUUGUCUCCCUUCUGACUGAGUUCUGUUAA